AUGUCAGACAAUGAUAAUGAGGUGCCAGAAUUGGAUCGUAGUCCUACUCCUCCACAAGUAACAGAGGAGGAACUUAAUCAAGAUAUACAAGAUUUAAUGAGUGAUAUUGAAAAAGAUACUCCUGACCUUGAUGAUGACGUAGAUAUUGCGGGUUCGCUUAAUGAUUGA